GGUAUUCUAUGUACAUACCGAACCGGGACUUGCAUGUCCCGAUCGAUAGACCAAAAAAAGAUUGUGAAAUUUUAUUACUUACCUAGUUCUAUUUCGUGCAAAGUACAAUCCCAACAUAAUUGACGAUUCAACAAUCAUUGAAUAAAUUCUCCACCGGCAAGGAGAUUCUAGGGAAUAGGACAACAUGUCUUUAUUGUUCUCCGCAUAGAAAAGAUUUUGGAAUUGGUCCGUUAACUCAAUUUACCGCCUCAGAUGACGAGAACCACGAGACUACGUGAGCUACGUUAUCAUGAAAUGCCUCUCGAUCAAUUCGCUCGGCCGCCUCGCCACUAACCGAUCAUGGACUUGUCUGAAUUGUCGCACUCAGCUUGUUGCCAACACUAAGACGGCACAACGUUCUCUUGCAAGGCAUUAUGCGACCGGUUCUUCGGGAUACUCGAAACGACCAAGGCCUCGGAGAAAGAAACUCACCGUGCUAACCGCUACUGCCACUGCGGCAACUGGAGCUGGUGUACUGGCUUUCACGGACGACAUAAAAUACGGAUACGAAGCUACAGAGAGAACAGGCAGAGUCGCCGCAGCACUAGCAAUAUGUAUUAAUGAUUAUUUAAAAUCCUUAAAGAAACGAGACGAGACCAAAGACCUCAAUGAACAAGAUAUUAUCCUACGGUCAUGUCACAAGCGAUGUGCAGAAAGGACACUCAAAGUCCUCGAGAAGAAUGGAGGCAUAUUCAUUAAGCUGGGACAGCACUUGAGCGCAAUGACUUACCUUCUCCCACGCGAGUGGACAGACACGUUUAUACCACUCCAAGACCAAUGUCCGGUCUCCUCGUAUGAGUCAAUAGAGGAGAUGUUCCGUUUUGAUACAGGUGAAGAGCUCAAAGACUACUUUUCGGAGUUCUCGGAAAAGCCAAUAGGGGCUGCGUCCCUAGCCCAGGUCCACCUAGCAACUGUAAAGGAGAGUGGUCAGAAAGUCGCCGUGAAAGUUCAGCAUCCCGGCUUAGCACAAUGGGCACCGCUCGACCUCACGUUAACGAGGUUCACCUUCUCGACCUUGAAGAGGUACUUCCCAGAGUAUGAUUUAGAGUGGCUAUCUUCUGAGAUGGAUGUGUCCCUACCGCAAGAGCUCGACUUCCAACGCGAAGCCGCAAAUGCUACGCGCACCCAGGAAUACUUCGCUCGCAUUCCCGAGUUGCCACUUGUGGUUCCUGACGUUCUCUGGGCAAAGAAGCGCAUCCUGGUCAUGGCGAACGAGUCGGGUCACCGUCUGGACGAUCUCGAGUAUUUGGAUUCGAACCAUAUCGACCGGGAUGAAGUUUCUGCUACGCUUGCCCGGAUAUUCAACGAGAUGAUCUUCGGGAAGAACGCGUCCUUGCACUGUGACCCACACGGUGGCAACCUCGCCAUCCGAAAGGCAACCAGACGGAGAAAGGGCGGCGCCAAUUUCGAGAUCAUCAUCUACGAUCACGGACUGUAUCGUGAUAUUCCCGAGAGCCUGCAACGCUCGUAUGCCAAGAUGUGGCUGGCGGUCAUCGACGGGGAUAUGCCCGCAAUGAAGCAGUACGCACGCGAGGUCGCCGGGAUCACAGACGAGCAGUUCCCGCUGUUCGCCAGCGCCAUCACAGGUCGCGACUAUACUGUCGUCAGCUCGUCCAUCCUAAAGUCACGAUCCGAUGAAGAAAAGAAGUCGAUGGGGAGCGCGCUACAGGAAGGUCUACUGUCGGACCUCGUGACGAUGCUGGGACAAGUCCCUCGGAUCAUCCUACUUAUCCUGAAGACGAACGACCUCACGCGCAGCCUCGACGAAAACUUGCACACCCGCCAAGGCCCAAUGCGCAGCUUCAUGAUCCUGGCCAGGUACUGCGCGCGCACCGUUCUCCGCGAGCAGGUCGAGGACGCGCGCGAGCGCCCCGGCAGCUUGCUGUGGCCGAGCAACGCGCUCAAGUUCCUCGCCGCGUGGGUGGGGUACUUGCGCGUGGAGCUUAAGCUCGAGGCCUUCGAGCUGUGGCUUAGCGUUAAGAGGAUGGUCGGCAUGAAUACGAUGAACUACGGCGCUGCUGCUGUUACGUUGUAAGGAGACCUAAUACCAACAAAACCUGGGGUAUUUACCUGCCUGGAGUUUGGGUCUGCGUCUGCGUCUGCGUAUUUAUAUAGUGAUUAGGAAUAAUACACACGGAAGAUAGGUAAAUGUGGAAGCGGGUGUCGGCGGUAGAAGCGGACGCGGAUGUCUUUUCUUCCUUUUUUGGUGAUGAAGAGACGGUCGUAAGAUACCUUGAUAGAUAGACUUAUGCAUUAGACGGCGUCUACGGGCGAUUGGCGAUGGGCCAUGGACGGGGGCAGUUUAGAUGCAUGGAAUACGAAUACGUUUUCAGAGAUAUGAAUUGCUUUCUAUUCAGGU